AUGUCUACAAUUCGAUCAAGUCAACCGACUAUGGUAAAAAGUCGACCUCGAUCAACAUCUCAACCAACAGUAUCAUCUCGAAAAAUGUCUAAAUCUUUAAAUCUUCCAUCAUCAUUAACAUCGGAUAUAUUUCGUAUUUUACACAAUAUUGUUUUAGUUUUUUGUCGUCGUAUUAUAUUUGCACCACCAACACUUAAAAUACUUGUUUAUUUUUGUCUUAUUAUAAUUGGUCCUUUUUUAAAAGAUUUUCAUUUUAUACCAAAUACAUCUCUUUCUUCAAAAGCUAAUAAUUUUAAUAAAUAUAUAACGAAAAUAGGUUGGAUGUGGUCGAUAUUUUUAUUAAUUCCAUUUGUUUAUUUAACAAGUUUAAUUUAUACUCGUGGUCAUUAUGGUUUAAUAAUUCGUCAUUUAAUUCGUUUAUUAAUAGCUACUACUAUAUGGUAUAUAAUCAUGUUUUUAUUUAUACGUAUUGAAGCUCUAACAGGCAUGUGUAAACCAAAUGAUAUGCGUAGAAUUGCAAGACGAAUUUGUCAUACAAGUCGAUAUCAAUGGCAAGAAGGACGUACAUUUUUUCUUCUUUAUGCUCUUUUAGUAAUUAAUGAAGAAGUUAAAUUAUAUGGUGAAAAUUGGAAAAAAAUUGAAGAUGCAAAUAAAAUCAGUAUUGGUAAUACAAAUACUUCAUUAAGUUUAAAUCAAAAUCGUAUGAAAAUGUUUUCUAUACCUAUUGGAAUACUCUAUAUUGCUUUAGCAAUAUUAUCAAUUCUCUGGGAAUUUUUACUUUUAUCAACUGUUUUAUAUAUUUAUAAUAUUUUACAUAAAUUAAUAGCGGCAAGUUUUGCUGUAUUUUUUUGGUUUAUUACGUAUCGUAUAUGGUAUCGUCAGAAUAAUAGAUCAAAAAUUGCUCCUUGUGCACCUGGUGAUGGUUUUAUUACUUUUUAA